AUGGCUGGUGCAACUGCAGAGAGGCGCGAGCUGGACGCAGCCUCGCCAGAGGCGGCGGUGCGUUUGAUCCAGACAAAGCUAGUGCUGCUUGGCGAGGCUGCCGUCGGCAAGACGUCGGUGGUGCAUCGGUUCGUCCAGGACGAUUUCCAGGAAAACCGCGAGCCGACGAUUGGGGCGGCGUUCUUGACGCAACGGUGCCGGCUCGAGGAUCGUCUCAUCAAGUUUGAGAUCUGGGAUACCGCGGGACAGGAACGAUUUCACAGUCUCGCUCCCAUGUACUAUCGCAAUGCACAAGCGAGUGCCGUCGUGUUCGACGUGACAAAAAUGGCGUCGUUUGAUAAAGCCAAGGCCUGGGUGAAGGAGCUGCAGCGCCAGGCAAGUCCGACGAUUGUGAUCGCACUGGUUGGCAACAAGGUCGAUCUUGUCACCGAGCAGACCGACGCUGCAGAUGCUACGGACGAAGAGUUGCACACCCCUGUAGAGCGCGAAGUGCCGCGCUCCGAAGCUGAGCAGUAUGCAGCGGAUGCCGGUCUUUUGUUCUUCGAAACAAGUGCCAAGACGGGCGCUGGUGUGUUGGAGACGUUUACGGAAAUCGCAAAGCGGAUUCCAUUGGACCAGCAGAAGCCCUCGCCGGGGCCGGCAAACGCAUCGGUCAGCCCGCGCGCCAAUGCAGUCAAUUUGCAGAACCGUGCCAGUGCCUCGAGUGGUGGAUGCUGCUGA